AAGCUCCUGGAAGAAAGGCGGGAAGCGUGGGAGGGACUCAUGAAAAUCAUGGGAGUUCAUUUGGGCUAAGGAGACCUCUCCGACACAUAUAUAGACCGUCCACGCGUAGUGACCAAGUGGUGGGGAGGGUAUUCAACGCCGCUGAAGAGUAUGGGGCAACGCCCCAAAAAUUUGCUUCUCAUUAAUGAUAAUUUUUGCAUUUUUUUUGUAAGUAUGCAUGUAUCUAUAUAUUUCCAUGGAGGCCCAAACAAAACGCCUUUUCCGCCCUCGAGGCCCCACCCGAGUCUUCGUCUCGCGAUAUCAUGACGUGCCGGUUUUCGUCUCGCGGUUUCCUUUCUUCCUGCGCCUGCGCAAUCUCUCCUUCAACUUCCCCUCAUUUACUAUGGCCGCUGGACUGAGUGGGAUGUUUGGGAACCAGGCCCCGGUGCCUCCCCCGCCACCUCCUCCGGUGGCCCCCGGAGGUCAGGGGCUCGCGGGACUCCUUCCUCCGAACCCCACGGGUCCGCGAAACCCCAUCGGUACCCUUGUGGAUGAUUUGGAGGCUUCUUUUGAGGCUUGCUUUGCGUCCCUUGUAAGCCAAGAUUAUGUAAAUGGUACAGAUCAAGAAGAAAUUAGAACUGGUGUUGAUCAAUGUAUCCAGAAAUUUUUAGAUGUUGCACGACAAACAGAAUGCUUUUUUCUACAGAAAAGGCUACAAUUAUCUGUCCAGAAACCAGACCAAGUGAUUAAGGAGGAUGUUUCAGAACUGAGAAAUGAAUUGCAGCGGAAAGAAACACUAAUUCAGAAACACUUGGGAAAACUUCGCCAUUGGCAACCAAUUUUAGACGAUAUUAAUAUCCAGCAGAAGAAACCUACUGAGAUGCCUCAGGGACCUCUAGCUUAUCUAGAACAAGCUUCAGCCAAUAUUCCUGCACCCCUCAAGCAAACGUGAAAAGAAGCAUCAUUGAAAUGCCAGAAUAAAGUUUGCCAGACUUUCAUAAGUAACAUUUUACAUUUUGUAUUGAAAAAUGUGUUGUUUUUGAAAAAAUGGACAAGGAACCUAACCUAAAUGAAGCUACAGCUGUCAUUGUAUGGAUCAGAAGUAUGAUUCUUUUAUUCUAUUACCUGCAAACUGAACAUUGUCUCUACCUGACUGGAGAUAUCCUAAGGAGCAAGAACAUUCCCGUGAUGAUGAACCUCUGGCACGCGUGCAAGAGGUGGCAUGUGGAGCCAUUUCUUAGGGCACUGUUUCUCAACCUUUCGCUGG